AGGAUUGGGGGCCUUUUUAUUGCUGGUCUAUGAUUUUACUCCAAGAUUAGCAACCUCAUCUUUGUCACCAAGUAGGUGUGUAACCAGUGUGAUCAGCCAUGGCCCCAUUCCUGCGCAUUUCCUUCAACUCCUAUGAGCUCGGAUCCCUGCAGUCUCCCGAGGACAACUGUCAACCUUUCUGUGCUGUCAAGAUGAAAGAAUCACUGACAACAGAAAGAGGGAAGACACUGGUCCAGAAGAAGCCCACCAUGUACCCAGAGUGGUCCUCGACAUUUGAUGCCCACAUCUAUGAGGGACGGGUCAUCCAGAUUGUCCUGAUGAAGGCAGCCGAGGAACCCCUCUCGGAGGUGACUGUGGGGGUGUCUGUCCUGGCCGAGAGGUGCAAGAAGAACAGUGGCAAAGCAGAAUUCUGGCUGGACCUACAACCUCAGGCCAAAGUGCUCAUGUCUGUCCAGUAUUUCUUGGAAGACACAGAUUGCAAGCAGUCCAUGAGGACAGAGGAUGAGAGCAAAUUCCCCACCAUGAACCGGCGGGGAGCCAUCAAGCAGGCCAAGAUCCAUUAUAUCAAGAACCAUGAGUUCAUUGCCACCUUCUUUGGCCAACCCACCUUCUGCUCAGUCUGCAAGGACUUUGUCUGGGGUCUUAACAAGCAAGGCUACAAAUGCAGACAAUGUAACGCAGCCAUCCACAAGAAAUGCAUCGACAAGAUCAUCGGCCGGUGCACGGGCACAGCGGCCAAUAGCAGAGAUACCAUGUUCCAGAAGGAGCGUUUCAACAUAGACAUGCCGCAUCGCUUCAAGGUGUACAAUUACAUGAGCCCCACCUUCUGUGACCACUGUGGGAGCCUGCUCUGGGGACUAGUGAAGCAGGGUUUAAAGUGUGAAGACUGUGGGAUGAAUGUACAUCAUAAGUGUCAGAAUAAAGUGGCCAAUUUAUGCGGCAUCAACCAGAAGCUGUUAGCCGAAGCAUUAAACCAAGUCAGCCAGAAAUCUUCCCGAAAAUCAGACACGGGAUCUGUGGAGAACUUUGGCAUCUACCAGGGCUUUGAGAAGAAAGCAGGGCCCUCUGGGGAAGAUACAACAGAUUAUGAGACCUAUGGGAAGAUCUGGGAAGGUAGCACACCCUCCAAGUUCAACAUCGACAACUUCACAUUCCACAAAGUCCUGGGCAAAGGCAGCUUUGGGAAGGUGCUACUGGCUGAACUGAAGGGCAAGGCUGAGUUCUUUGCAGUAAAGGCAUUGAAGAAAGAUGUCGUUCUGAUAGAUGAUGAUGUGGAGUGCACCAUGGUGGAGAAGCGAGUGCUGGCGCUCGCCUGGGAGAACCCAUUCCUGACUCACCUCUACUGCACCUUCCAAACCAAGGAUCACCUGUUCUUUGUGAUGGAGUUCCUCAAUGGAGGGGACCUGAUGUUUCACAUCCAGGAUAAGGGACGCUUUGACCUAUAUCGAGCCACAUUUUACAGUGCUGAGAUCCUGUGUGGUUUACAGUUCCUGCACAGCAAAGGCAUCAUUUACAGGGAUCUCAAAUUGGACAACGUGAUGCUGGAUAAAGAAGGCCACAUCAAGAUAGCUGAUUUUGGAAUGUGCAAGGAGAAUGUGGUUGGAGAGAACAGGGCCAGCACCUUCUGUGGUACACCAGACUACAUUGCCCCUGAGAUCCUGCAGGGCUUGAAAUAUACAUUCUCAGUGGACUGGUGGUCCUUUGGCGUCCUCCUGUAUGAGAUGCUCAUUGGACAGUCCCCCUUCCACGGGGAUGACGAGGAUGAGCUUUUUGAGUCCAUCCGUGUGGACACUCCACACUACCCCCGAUGGAUCACCAAGGAAUCAAAAGAUAUCCUGGAAAAGCUGUUUGAAAGGGAUCCCACUAAGAGAUUGGGGGUGACAGGUAACAUCAAAGUCCAUCCAUUCUUCAAGACCAUCAACUGGACUCUUCUGGAGAAGCGGGAGGUAGAGCCACCAUUCAAGCCCAAAGUGAAAUCAGCUGGUGACUACAACAAUUUUGACCGUGAAUUCCUAAGUGAGAAGGCCCGCCUGUCCUUCAGUGACAAGAACCUCAUCGAUUCCAUGGACCAGACAGCCUUUGCAGGCUUCUCCUUUGUCAAUCCCAAAUUCGAGCGGCUCCUAGAAAAAUGAAUAUUCUAUUGAACCAUCUGCCCUUUUGGUCAAGAGCCUACCAGUGCUAGCUAGCUAUAUCUAUCAGUCCCCCAGGGUGAGCAGGGCGAAGAUCUCUCCUGGCCCUCUCCCAGUCCUCUCCUGGGCCCCAAUAAUAUGCAACAGUGUGAUUGCAUUAUUUUUCCAGCUGCCUCCAUUCCCAUAGGCAGCAGGUCUUUUGCACGGUUGGGGUUUUAGGUACCUUCCUCUGUGAAUCAUGUGUGAAUUUUCUGCUCCUCUGAUUGAGGAGGGAGAGUGUAAAUCCCAUGUUUUGUUACUUGAAUGUAGUUAUCUAUUGAAAAUAUAUAUUAUAUAUAUAUGAAAAGCUGUAUAUAUUGCUCCAUACAGAAGAAACAUGUAAGGGAACUGGUGAUGUAUUAACUUUUUUAUAAAAACACAUGAAUGAAAUCCAAACAUAAGCCAUAAGUCCCCUUGGUUCUUUUAUUUAUAUGUCUCCAAUAAAUCAGUGGAAUGGUC